UACUUAGUUUAUAUUUUUUUUACUUUAGUCAUUUUCAUUUUUUUAUUUAGGAAUCAGCAACAGCUUUUAAAUCCGAAGAGACAAUCGCGACUAUAAUGCAGAACGUUUUUGCAGAAAACACGACUGUGCAGCGCGAGGAAAAGAAAGAUAUGUUGAGCAACAUGAAAAAUACAACGGAGAACCAAGAUGACGGGCUACUCGCUGGGCGGCAAAAUUUUGCGCGCCAGCAGCUCGUUGUCGAUGACAAUUUUGAGUAUGAUUACGAAGAAAAUAACGAGGAGCAAAAUUAUGACAGUAUUUAUUUCACACAACAUAUCCAAGAAAAAAAGUGUGUAAGUGUAACUUUUUUGCAGGAACAGCAUCACAGAUUUGUUUUGCACGACAGAGAAAACCUGCCAUGCGUAGCUAGUACGCGAAAACACGUAAGAAAAUAGUCUCUGAUGCAUAACCAGCAUGACAAGUGUAACUGUAUUGCAACAUCUGCAAGACAAAGUUAAGUUACACUUACACAGUUUUUUCCUUGCAUACAACAAGAGGGGCGGCCCGGAAAUGAAAAUUUUCAACAGGGGGCGGGUCGUUGUGGGUCAUCAACAUUGUUUGACGAUGCUAGAUAUCAACCGCAAAAAUGUCUGCGUCUGGAAGAAUUCAUGUUUGUCAUGCUUCUCUGGCAUAACAAAAAUGUUUGUGAUGCGUGUCCACGAAGAGACCCUUGUGCCUGUCAUGGAAAAACGCAGUUUCUCAUGCGAAAAACGCAACACAAAGCAGCACAGAUAUUUCUCAUGCUUGGCUGUGCAUUACAGAGCAUUCACUAUUCCCAGCACAGCAUUACAAGUUUCCAGACCCAGACACUUUUACAUUUGAUACUAGAAGCAUCGAGCGGAAUCAAAAACUGUACUUCAACACGCGGACUUUGAUAUGCACUGCAAAAUAAAUGUCUGGGUCUGGAAGGUUGGAACUUGUCAUGCUAAAUCUGAAUCACGCAAAAAUCUGUGUUGCAUGAUUACCAAAUGCUGUCCACGUUUGAUCAAGUUGAGAGGCAGUUUCUCAUGCAGGAUAGCCAUGAUAGUGAUCUCACGGAAUCUGUCAUGCUAGGUCCUCCAUUACAGAGCAAAUGGGUCAUGGAAAACCUGCAUGACAAGUCGAGCAAAGUUCCAGACCCAGACAUUUUUGCAAUUCAUAUUUGAUCCCAGAAGACAAGAACUCUCCUCUCCCGAGUCCGGCCUUUAUCAAAGCGAAAAACUCCCCCUUCCCAACAUAUCGAAACGAAGUUUCUGAUGCUGGAAUGCGUACACAAAUCCGGUCUGUCUUGCUGGAGAGGACUGCAGGCAUAUGCUAAGCCUGAGUCCUCGAGAGGUUUUUUCGACGUAGGUGACUAGCAUGGCAAAUGUCUACGCUGUAAGCCCAACAGCAUCUUCACAGACCGCCUGCAUAAAAAUGCGGCGGACUCUCUGGCUUUGCCUUCUUGCAAGACAGACAGGACUUGUGCUCACAAAUCUGCAUCACAAAAAGCUUGUUCAGACGGAUGCGUUUUCAAUAUGGGGACGAGGGGGGAUUUAUUUUCGUCACGAUAGCCUUCGAGCGUUCUUCCUUGUCGGAGCUUUUUCCGCACGAAGAGGAGCACGAGGACCUACUUGCGGGUGGAGACGAGAGUUGUAAUAUGGGACGACCCGAGUUGAUGUGUCAGCCAUUGGUAUCAUCGUCUACUACAGCGGCUUACCGUAAUUCGGAAGACGAUGAACUGCGCAAGACCAACAAGAAGAAGUUCUGCCUCUACUUCCUGCUCAUUGGGGGCGCUGUCCUGCUCACCUUGAUCGGCGGUGUUGUGACGGCUGUCAUGCUAUCAAAUGGGAAUAGAAGUAUCGAUCUGGGUCAAUAUCUGGCCGCAAUAACUUGCGACGCUGGAACGUGAUCGCAAUAGGAUUGAGCGGACCAUCGUCCUCAUCCCCUCGAGUUUUGUGCAGGCAAGCAUGACAACAAAUUUUGAGACGCCUUAUUUCAAUGCGUACAUACUUAGCGCGCAUGAGAACUACAAAGUGCGACGUUUUUGCAACAUUGUCCACUUUUAAUAUUCCAGACCCAGAUUCAUCGGUAUUUGCCAUGCAUACAUGCUGACGAGAGCUGGUGCGAACCAGCAGGCUGCUUCGCAUGUCGAAACGGGGCCGACGUCGUCCCGAAGAACUACGCCAGCGCCGGACGGAAACUUGUUUCACGGUGGCAUUGCGACUACCGGAAUUGUGCCUCCGCCCACGAGGACGACCACCUCGAGCACAACGAAUGGCGGCGCGACUUCUAGUAGUUCUUCUACCGCCGGUCAUUUGAGCCCUGGUGGUGCUGGUCCUCAAGUACAAGCACUGCCGGUUGUGCAGGUAGUUCCUCCGAUCACAAUUCAUGAUCCGCGAGAAGAUCAUGUCGGAACGACCGCCGUUCAACAUCUUCCGGUGGAAGAAGAAGAAGAAGUUCAUCCGCAGCUAGAAGUUUUACAAGAGGGCCUCGAGGAACAGCCUGAAGUGGUCGAAGAACUACAACGACCCGAGGUUGAUGAUGAGGAACCUGAGCAGGAGCCGGAAGAGGUGGAAGUAGUAGAACCAUUAUCCCCAGGCUCAGUACAACCUGAAACAACGACCGAUGGAACAACAGAAGUUCCAACCACUCGUCCGGAUGAAAGUCUUGGUGUUGAACAACGGCCCGAGGUGGAAGAAACUCCAGAACAAUCUUCCGUACAACUAGAUGCGGAAAAUAAACCAGAUGACGAUCAACAGCAAGUUCCUGCCCCCACGAGCAGCACAUCGACUUCUCAGCAAGGGGACGAGCACCAUCUCGACCUGGGAAACAAGCCGAAGUCCUUGCCCAUCGAUCUUUUCGACCCGGAUCUGGACUGGGACAGCAUUCCGUGGGAGAUCCGCGACCGGCUCACCCGGCUGGUCAAGCGGAUUAAACUGAUGAGGAAGACUGGGUCUUCAUCUGCGUCGUCUUCUGGCGCCUUUGAUUCUCGUCGCAGCUACCUAGGCGGGUAUCUGGGCGGGGACAAUUUCGCGGAAGAUGCUUUGGACCACGAAGUAGAAGAAUCGGAUGAUGAGCAAAGCACGGACAGCAGCACAGCUAGUAAAAAAAAGGCUGAAAAAGAUGAUCUUGAAUUGCCUACUUCCGAUAGUACAACUCCGCAAGAAGUAGGACAUCAUGAUCAAGAGAAGCACGAAAAAGUGGAUGCUGAAGCCGAGAAAAAAGCGAGGAAGCAGGCAUUACGGGAAAAGACGCGAAACGACUCCCUCGACAACCUCCGUUUGUGGUACGAACAAUUGGUGAAGAGCUACAACAUGACGCACAACUUCACCAUUGAAAACGCCAAGCGGCCGCUGCACAUCUUGUUUGAAGCGGGCGGGAAGACGGAGCUGGGCGGAGCGUAUCCGUUAAUGAUAUGAGAGUGCACAACUCCCCCUUGCCCUCAUUUGCGUGUUGCAUGAACAGCAACACAUCAAGCGCUGGCAAAGAUCAUGCAGCAUUUGCAUGACAAAUUUUUAGAAGACUGUAGCGCUGUUUUGGAUUCCCGAAUCUGUCAUGCAAAUAUUGCUAACAGGCAAAGGGUGGAUUUGGAAUUUUGCAUGACAAACGAGGGGGAGGGGGAGUUGUGUACCUUCAUAAAGGAAGGAAUUGGCGCAGAAGUUCAACGUGAAAGUCACGCUGCUGGCGUAUCCUGAGUAAAAACGUACCCACACCAGAGUCAGGAUGGGGAUUUUGCAACACAAACCUAGGAGUUUUGUGAGUCACGCAUGACAAGUUGCGCUAUGCAGUGUAGUGCAGGUUAGCAAGUGCAGCCGCAUCACAGAUUCAUCUGCUCAUCCUGUUCACAGCGUCACAAAUUCCAAAACACGAUUGGAAAUGGCUAUCAUGGGGAUGCGCAUUACAAAUCUUCCUGUCUUUGCAAAUCUGCAUUACAACUCUGGUGUGGGUACGUUUUUACUCAGGAUAUGGCGCCGUUCGGGAAACUCGUGCGCAGAAGUAGCUCGUUAUCAAAAGGAAACAUCCCCCCUCCCUCUAUCAAAAUGAAGUUUCUGAUGCUGGAUUUCCGUACACAAAUCAGAGCUGUCUUGCAGUAGAGAAUUGCAGGCAUAUGUCGUGCCGGAGUACAGAGCUUCUGACGUGGACGCUUAGCAUCACAAGUGUCUAUGCUGUAGCCCAAGCAGCAUCACAAACCGCCCGCGUAAUGCGGCGGAGACUGUAGCAUUGCCUUCUUUCAAGACAAAAAGACUUGUUGCCACAAAUCAGCAUUACAAAUUUUCUGAGAAGUACCUUUUUGAUAUGGGGAGGGGGGUGACUUCCUUACGAUACUCGUCUCCGGCAGCUGCAGAAGGAGGAGCCACGGGAACAAAGAAUAAAUCCAUCUACUUUGUCGACGCGAAGCCGGGCGUCGAGGCCCCGGCGCUUCCGAAGCACCUGGAGCUUUCGCACGAACAAGACACGUAUCAACUGCAAAUAUGUCUGGGUCUGGGAGAUUGCGAGAUUUCGAUUUGCUAUGCUAGUCUGGCAUGACUCUGAACUCUGUAUUGCGUGGCCGCGAAGAGCUCCCCUUGCCUGUCAUGCAAGAGCGCACCAGUUUCUUGUGCGGAGUACGCAACUCAGAACCACAGCAAAACUUGUCAUGGUGAGCAGCGCAUUACACUGCUACUUUCACUAUUCCCCUCCUUGCAUCACACGUUUCCAGACCCAGACAUAUUUGCAAUUGAUAACACGAUGGAGCACGAGAACCCGGAGACCGACACCGUGCUGUGGAACUUCGGCAUUCCGCUAUUACAAUGAAAAAUGCAUCCACCCCCGAACUUGGGAGCAUUUGCAUUGCAAACCUUUCCAUGUGAAACAUUCGCCCUCUUGCAUCUAUCAGCAUCACAGAUUUCCAAUCGUGAAAAGUGAAAACUUGUAUUGCAAAAGAGCCCAGCAAGAGCGGCGCUUGUCAUGCAAGCAAUGCUAUAUACGCCUAGACCCUGCAUCACAAAGAUUCACAUUCCUUUCAUGCAUGACAAAAGCCUUUCAUUUGGAAACUUCGCAUCACAAAUUAUUGCACUUCGGGGUUGGGGGCAAUUGUCAAUGCAAUAUCCGCCGAACGACUGGAAGAAAUUGGAAGCCGCCGGCAUCCGGGUGAUCCCGCUGAAGCCGCGCGGCGUCGUAUCCUGAGUAAAAGCGUCCCCACCCCAGAGUUGUCAUGCAAUUCUGCAUGCCAAAAAAGUUUCUCAUGCGGAGCCCCAUGAGAAGCAUUUUCUAUUCGUGGUUUGGAAUUUGUGAUGCUAGGAUCAGCAUGCUAUGCUAGAUCUGUCAUGCUGCUGAACUAGCUAAACAGGAUUACACUACGAGAACACACUUGUCAUGCCAGACAGCCAAGGCUGGCUGAUUUGUCUAGCAGGGUUCCCAUCUUGACUCUGGUGUGGGGACGUUUUUAAUCAGGAUACGUCGUGCGCGAUUGGCUCUUUUCCCAGACCGCGGACGAUUCGGUGACUCACUCCUGGGGUAGCAUCUCGGAUUUCACCGAAAAAUUCAUCACCAAUUACGUUGUCCGAGACAGCCCGGUGGACUUUGUCGUCACCGACUGCUACGCCGCGUGGGGCGGGGUCGCGAAGACGCUGAUGGAGAAGCUGCGCGUGCCGGGGAGCAUUUGGUGCGGAAACUUCCACGGGGCCUGGGCGGCCCGCUGGGUCUUGAACAAAACCCUCCCGUCAAAAAAGAAGAACAGCUCAUCUAUCAAAUGCAAAAGUGUCUGGGUCUGGAAAGUUGCAAGAUUUGUCAUGCAUCUCGCGGACCACACUCAUUGGUCUGUAAUGCAGACAGAAGCAUCACACACUUUUGGAGACCUUCCUCAUGCCUCUGCCGCAUGAGAAAUUCGCCUUUUGCAGCCUAGCGAGAAUUGGGUAACUGUUGGCGUUCAUGCAACACAGAUUUUCUCGUGAUUUAGAUUUCGCAUGACAGGCUUAAUUCUUCCAGACCCAGACAUAUUUGCAAUGCAUAUCAUCUGUCGAGAAGCAUUUCCCGACCUUUGUGAGCCACUUCCUCCCCUUGAAGGUUUCCAUGGACAGCCCGAGCUAUCACGUGAGACCCAUCCUGCCCACGAAGGUGGAGGCCUGUCAGGGUAAUGUUGACAAGAAGGCCAAUCUAUCAAAUGCAAAAAUGUCUGGGUCUGGAAGGCUGCGAACUUGUGAUGCGUGUUGUGGAUCAUACAAAAAUCUGUGUUGCAUGACUUGCAAGAGGUCCCCAUUUAUUCUGGCCAUUCUGAGAGGGCAUUUCUCAUGCAGAAUAGGCAUCACCAAGGGGCUGGUGCAGAACCUGUGAUGUCAGGCCCUGCAUUCCAGACUUGGCGGCGCUUGGAAAAACUGCAUGACAAGUCUCGUAAUCUUCCAGACCCGGACAUUUUUGCAGUUGAUACAAUCUCCCCUGCGUGUCCUGCAAGAUGCCGGGGCCGGAUAAGUGGUGGGCGCGCGUUAUGGAGGUGUCAGAAUCGAAAUCGACAAAGUCGAAAAAUUUGUGAUGCAAAAAAUCGAUGCCAGUUUUUUGACCCACAGUUUGUAGUAGUCGGCGCAUGACAAAUUUUCCACGUCGUGGAAGCGAAUCUGUCAUGCGGUUCAGGGCAAAGGAGCUCCCGUCUGUCAUGCUAGUCAGCAGACCAACACUUCCACUUGACCCUUACCAGGACUACAAUCCGCCUUCCUUGCAUGCUCUGCAAUAGAGUCGCUUUUUGUGUCGCAUAUUAUGCAUUACAGAUUAUUUCAUCUUUGUCGAUUUCGAGCCUGACGCUCUCAUACGCGUGCCCUCCAUGGCCUUGGUCAUGCAGAAGACGGUGCCCAACUGCACGGGCGGGAAAGACGAGCGCAUCCUGCGGAAGCUGGAACAGUUUUAUCCAAGGAAAAAAGUGUGUAGGUGUAACUUUUUUGCAGGACCAGCAUCACAGAUUUGUUUUGCAUGACACAGAAAACCUGUCAUGUGUAGCUAGUACUUGAAAACACGUACGAAAAUAGCCUCUGAUGCAUGUCCAGCAUGACAAGUGUAACAGUUUUGCAUUUGCUGCCACACAAAGUUACACUUUACUCAGUUUUUUCUUGCGAUAAGUUUGGCAAGAAUUUGAUUCUGUACACCGCCUUCGGGCGUCAGGGCUUUUACUUUAGCUUACCAAAAGCAAAAAUCCCCCCUCGUCCCCAUAUCAAAACGAAGUUUCUGAUGCCGGAUUUCAAUACACAAAUCAGAUUUGUAUUGCAGUAGAGGACUCCUGCAGGCCUCUAACUAUGGAGCCUGAGGAGAGAGGUUUUUGCCUAGACGCUUAGCAUGAAAAACGUCCGCGCUGUACGCCGAACAGCAUGACAAACCGCCUGCAUGAAGCGGCGGCGCCUGUGGCGUUGCCUUCUUGCAAGACAGAUGCGAUUUGUGGUCACAAAUCAGCAACACAAAAAACGCACCUCGUCAAUAUGGGGAUACAUAGGGGGGUUUUUCCUUACGAUAUAGCUACCAAGCAUUGGAGGAACUGUGGACCGGGCUGAUGCAGGUCCCCGAAAACGUGCUUCCCUACCUGGUAUGGAUUGCAAAUAUGUUGUCUCCUGGGUCUGGAAGAUUGCGAGAUUUGUCAUGCUAGUCUGGCAUGACCCUGCACGCUGUAUUGCGUGGCCACCAAGAGGUCCUCUUACCUGUCACGCAAAAGCGCAGUUUCUCAUGCCAAAUACACAGCACAGAAGACACGAAAAAAGUUGUCAUGCUUGGCGGCGCAGUACAGAGCACUAAUACUGUUCACGGACUUGCAUCACAAGUUUCCGGACCCAGAGUACAUUUUUGCAUUUGAUACCUGGUUGCCCCGGACAACGAGGACUUUCAGCAGAUCGUCCACGAUAUCCUGUGCAAAAGUAUCGUACUCGUCGUGCAAUCAUGCAUCACAAAUCUUGUUCGUAAGGUAAAUCAGCAUUACAAAUUUUCUUUCUCAUGCUGAGGAAAUUUGUAAUGCAUUUAUACGACGAGUGCGAUACUUUUGCAAUUCAUACACGAACGGAGGGAGCAGGGGAGGAGCCCAGCGUUUACCUAUCCUAUUUAAAAACGUCCCCACCCCAUAGUUGUAAUGCAAAUCUGCAUGCUGAAAAUGUUUCUCAUGCGGAGCCCCAUGAGAAGCAGUUUCUAUUCGUGUUUUGCAAUUUGUCAUUCUCCAAUCAGCAUGGUAUGCGAGAUCUGUGAUGCUGCUGAGCUAGCUCAAACAGCACUGCACUACGAGUCCAAAUUUGUCAUGCAAACAGCCAAAACUUGUGGAUUUGUCUAGCCGAUCCCCAUCUUGACUAUGGUGUGGGGACAUUUUUACUCAGGAUAUUACCUGGGACGAGUUCAGCGUCUUUUGGCGGGAAACCCAAUACAAAAAAUGCGUUGAGUUCGGGACGAAGCAAAAACAAAAAAAUGCGAAGUUUUGCGCGGACCUCUGGCUGCACCACCCAAACGCCGAGAAGGCGAUCAUCGUGCUGGACGCUCCGCUAUGAAUUGCAAAUAUGUCUGGAUGUCUGGAAGGAUGCGAACUUGUGAUGCAUGUUGCGGAUCAUACAAGAAUCUGUGUUGCGUGACUCGCAAAGGGUGCUCAUUUCUGGUGAUGCUAAGAGGGCAUUUCUCAUGCAGAAAUACGCAUCACAAAGGGGCUGCAGGUCCUGUGAAGAUGCUAGGCCAUGCAUUCCAGAAGACCUGGCGGAGCUUGGAAAAACUGCAUGACAAAUCUCAGAGUCUUCCAGACAUCCAGACAUUUUUGCAUUUGAUAUCCGCAGAAGGAAAUCUUCCAGUUUUUCCCCGGCCAGGUCAUGUACGUCGCGCACGGCGGUGCUGGCGGUCUGACGGAAGCCAUCGGACUGGGGGUGCCGAUCAUCUGCGUCCCCAUGCUUUUUUCGGAUCAGCCAGCGAAUUGCCGUGCCAUCGAGCGUAUGCAGUGCAAAAAUGUCUGGGUCUGGUGGAAACUUGUAAUGCUAAGAGUGAAUGGUAGACGCACUGCAAUACGAAGCUAUGCAUGACGAAUUUUUUGGCUACCAUGUCUUACGUAUUCCGCAUGGCAAACUGCGUUUUUGCAUCACAGGUAAGAGGGUCUUUUCGUGCCUAUGCAACACAGAUUCUCGAGUCAUGCAAGGCAAGCAUGACAAACUUGCAUUCUUCCAGACCCAGACAUUUUUGCAUUUGAUAGAGCGGGCGGAGCUGGGAAUCAAUCUCUCCGAGUCUCUGUCGUUGAAAUGGAAGAAGAACAAGCUGGUGAUGCGACCGGGGGGCCACUCGCUCCACACCUGGUGGGACGAAAACGGAAAUUGGGUUUCGGAUGAUGAGUACAAAUCGGACUUCCACAAGAAACAAGAUUUCAUUUCCACCUCCUCGUCAGCUUCAAGCAGCUCGAGAAGUGGGACCAAGUUUCUGGCCCGCAGUAGUACAUCAACCGUCGAGGCUGUUGACCCCACGAGCUCCCUGCAGGCGGCGGUGGCGCAUAUGGCCGAACCGAAGAACCUUGCCAAAUACCACGAGAAUUUGGCGCAGGUCUAUAAGCAGCUAGAACAGGAAGCUCUGGAACGGGAGCACGAAGUGGCCGCCUUUGUGCACGAACUGGCACAGUUCACGGACAUGCACCCCACGGUUCCGGAGGGAGAGGUGAAGUUCGCGGCGGUGGCACGUUAUAGCAGCAUGAUUGAACAAGAACAACAGGAGCAGCUGCAAGAUGAAGACAUGAGAGCCCGCAAUUCUAUCCACCUGAGUUUGGAUCUCGGCGGAUCCGGGCUCAAGAGCAUGUUCGUGAAAAAGGUGCACGACUGCCACGAUCGGGGCUCGCAAGAUUCUGACACUUUGUCCGUCGCGAGUUCCACCUCGUCCAACUCGGUCUGUCUCAAGCCCGCGGUAAAAGCGCAGCUGAAACUGACAAACGACCGCCACGACGACCCCUUCAACUGGCCCAAGGUCGGUUCUGUCGGAAAAUUCGAAAUGGUGGCGGACGAAGUGCGUUUGGGGUACAUCGACUUUGACAGUUUGAAGCAAAACGUGUCCCCCCGGGACUGGUUGCAGAAGAAGCUGGAGGACAUGUACUCGGCACGUAGCAGCGACAGGACCUCGGUGGAGAAGUUCGCGACCGCCGUUGAUGAGUUUGGCGUGUUGCAACCACAUGCAAUUCAGCACAAGAUCCACGUCAGCUUCGGGCUGUUAUCCGGGUCGGAAGAGAGCGCGGAAGAAAUCGGCAACAAGCACGGGCAAAUCACCUUUGCGAGCGGCACGAAUUUGCUCUCCAUCCUCCAGACCGUGGCCGCCAACGGGGACACCUACAAGCUGCUGGCCCCGACGGAAGGCGAAGCGGUGCAGCGGCUGGUGACCUUGCAAGAGGAGUACGGCAUCGACUUGUGGAAAAAGUUCUGCUACUACUUGGACCUCCGAGUGAGGAAGUGUCUGAAAGACCGAAACACGAACUCUGCGUGGCGGCCGCUUUCUCACGUUUUCGACGCCAGGGGGAUGAAGUCCAAAUCUGACACAGAGGCGCACUUGGUCGCGGCGCGCAUGGUCUUGCGCGACAAAGCCUUGGCGGAGGGCAAAAGGUACGAUAGCAACAACUUCGUCAACGUUGCCGCGGGAACCAAUCUGGCGAUCAGUUUUCGCAAGAACACUGGGCAGCGAAUGCAGUAUGCGGACAUGGUGCGGAAGCUGAUCCACCGGAACGCGGAGCACCUAUCCUGUGCAAAAGCAUCGUACUCGUACUAAUCGCAGUCCUGCAAGACAAAUUUCAUUUUCUAGCUAAAUCAGCAUGACAAAUUCUCUUUGUCAUGCUGAGGUAAUUUGUGUUGCAAUACUACGAGUACGAUGCUUUUGAAGUUCAUAGCAUCUGCACCAAACCAACUUGUCCGAGCUGCUGGUGCCCCUGCCGGCCCGGUUGUUGAAUCAGGAGACCAAGAUGCACCUGUACUCUUUGCCGCAGACGCGGUGGGUGUGGCACGCACAACUCACGGAGGCACAGAAGCGGGAGGAAGAAAACCGAGUCUUUCUCCCCGCACAGGUUGUUUUGGGCGGAAACGGGCAGCGCGACAACAGGGUCGAGCGGUAUGUCGCUGACCUGUCCUGGACCAAAUUCCUUCGCGAACAGUUGGCCCCGGUCGGAAGGGAAUUUUACCGGUCGGAGGAACAGGAACCAGCGAAAGAACAAGCAGGAGCAAUCGAUGAUAACGGAAAUUCUAAGAAUGGUCAAGAACACGACCUCCAGCAGCACACGAUCGUCCCUAUCGUCCUCACCGGAGGGCAGGCUUCGGGUAUUUUUAACGCCGCCGAGGAGGACACCACGAAGUUCCAGCUGGCACAAAAGCACGGCGAUUCUCUAUCCUGAGCAAAAACGCCCCCACCCCAGAGUUGUCGUGCAAAUGCGCAAUGACAGGAACAUUUGCAAUGCGGAUCUGCGUGAGAGGCAUUUCCGAUCGUGUUUUAGACUUUGUAAUGCUGUAAACAGGAUGAGAGGCUGGCUUUCUCAUGCGAUUACCCUUGCUAAACAGCACGACUCUACAGAUGGAAGCUUGUCAUGCAAAACUCCCAAAACUUGGAGAUUUGUGUUGCAGAUUAUUACCGACUUGACUAUGGGGUGGGGACGUUUUUGCACAGGAUAUUCUCCCGUCACUUUUGACCUGAUCACCGGGGGCGACGCCUAUGUUCAUUGUGGGACGGUGGUCGCAUAUCACAGGAAAAAAGUGUUUCACUGUAAGGAUCUUGCAACUUUUCCUUUUGCAUCACAAGUUUGUUCAGCAUGACAGAGAAAAUUUGCCAUGCAAGCUUCCUAAGGGAAAACACAGCUAAAAAUUCACUUUCUUGCAUUUUUAGCAAGACAAAUGGUUCUGUGUUCCAUUUUUAUGCAUCACAAGUUUACAGUGAAACAGUUUUUUCUUGCGAUAUCGCAGCGGCUGAUGGAACUUCUGCGGAGGAGGACUAUAGUUGCGAAAACUUCCAACUGCGGGACACGCAGAGGGAGGCCGAGGCCAUCGUGUUCUCCCAAUCGAACAGUAGUAGAUCACAAACUUCUGAGAACAAAAGUGAAGAUAUCGAAUCCAUUCUUUCCGAAGAGGAGGAUUCGACCGAUCUCGAUGCUUCGGAGGCAGUCGAUGCAUCUGUUGAAUCGGCUUCAACAACCUUAGAAAGUACCUUAGACAGCACAGAAAGUAGUACCUUUGAUAAUGUCCCAGCGGUUAUCCUGAGUAAAAACGUACCCACACCAUAGUCAAGAUGGGGAAUUGGCUAGACAAAUCCACAACUUUUGGCUGUUUUGCAUGACAAAUUUGGAUUCGUAGUGUAGUGCUGUUUGAGCUAGCUGAGCAGCAUCACAGAUUGAGCAUACGAUGCUGAUUGGAGCAUGACAAAUUGCAAAACACGAUGAGAAAAUGCUUCUCAUGGGGCUUCGCAUGAGAAACAUGUUCAGCAUUCAGAUUUGCAUUACAACUCUGGUGUGGGUACGUUUUUACUCAGGAUAGCGGUUUUUACAACUUCAAGGACGGCCGGGACUACUUUGUUUAGAAAUUUCCAUCAUCAUGCUGAUGAUGAUGAAAAGCCCACUUCUAGUACGAAAACAAGUCAGGAGAGCCAGCCGCGACCAUUUCUGGAGCGAAACAACAUCUUUGGGCGACGGGCAUCGCGAACUAAUUCCAGCGGGGGCGCAAGAAAUGGAAGCAGGAAUAGCAGUAGUAGUAGUAGCAGUAGCGUAGAAGUUAUUUGCGGACGAAAUAAUGAUAGGAGGAGUAGUUGUAUCAGCCAGGUUGCUACGGAGGGGCCAGGAGAUGAAGUAAAGAACGUCGUUGCGGCAAAUUAA